UUUUUUUUUUUUUUUUAAUCCUAGUUUAGACAACAUCAGCCGAGCCAAGCCACCUUAUCUCUCAUUCGGCGGGAACUGGGGGUCUCUGGGUGCGUAUGGGAGGGUUCUGAAUUGGUGUUGGAAAUUAUUUUACGAUGGAUUUCAUCGAAGACUCUGCGUUUCUUUCCGAGUUGGAGAUCUUUGGUGCGGACAGUGUAACGCCCGAAUGCCUGAAGAAACUGCGCGAGUUAUGCAUGGUGUACGGACAAGGUGCAGAGGCGAUCACGUCGGCCUGGGUCGCGUACACAUUGAAGAGGAACGCCGACGUUGCCGACAUGACGGUGGAGUUGCUGGAACAAAUGGAACUAGAGGAAUUGGCAAAGAGUGCAUCCAGAACAUCGAGAACUCCAGUCUCCAAAAAGCCUGUGCCGAGAAUCUUCACUGCCAAUGCAAGCAACGGGGCUGAAGAUGACAUCUUGGAUGGCUAUGGAGGGAACCAACAGCAAAAGCGGAAACGAACACCAGAGGUGCCAAGUGCCCGGCGGAUCUCUGGUGCUGUUGCCGGCGCCUCGCCCUUGUUUUCGCCGGCAUCAUUUUCUCCCAAAGUACUCAGUGUGGCGGCAAAGUACGCCUCGCGAGCCAACGCCGGCGACGUCGUUGCGCGCUUGCGGAACCAGGAAGGAGAGCCCGCCGACUGGCACUGCACCGACGGUGCCACCGUCUCGGUCAGGCCACUCGGUGCUGGGGUUUCCAGCUCGUACAUGUUUGAGAAUUUGAUAGAGAAAGCCGACGCCCUGAUCGACUAUGCCGAGCGGAUUCCCAGCCUGUAUCUCGACGACAUGGAGGACAGGCCUUUUGAAGACAUCAAGAGCGUCGUCAUGGAGGGUAGUUUUGUGACGGGGAGAGUCCUGUGCGACAGCUCGGGGAAGAUAAAUGCAAACUCGCUGAUCCUUGAAGGCUCCAAGAGCAGCUACGGACACUCGGUCAAGCUCAAUUUGUCCAGGCUCAAGCAGUUUUCGGUGUUCCCCGGACAGGUAAUCGUGGCCAAGGGUGCCAAUGCCAAUGGACAGAAUCUGGUGCUGGAAGAACUGCUUGAGGGAAAAAUGCUUCCGUUCCCAAGCGGAGCACCACAACUCGAAGGCCCUCUGCACUUGGUGGUCGCUUGUGGUCCGUACACAACUUCGGAUACAUUGAGCUUUGAACCCUUGACUGACUUCACUGCUUACUUGGCGGAACACCAACCUCACGUCUGCAUUAUGAUUGGGCCGUUUGUGGACUGCAACCACGAGCUUAUUCAGAAAGGGAAUUUGCCUGACCUGUACGAGACCAUCUUCCAGAAGCAGAUAGAUGCCCUGGCAAACAUCUUGGAAGGAACAAGAACACAAGUGGUACUGGUGCCGUCACACAGGGACGUUCAUCACGAAAACGUGUUUCCGACGCCGCCCUUCAGACUGGAAAAGACCCACAAGAGGAUACACUGCGUCCCCGACCCGUGCGUGCUCGACAUCAAUGGCGUGGUCGUCGGAGUCACGGGGGUGGACAUUCUGCUGCACAUGGGCAAGGAGGAGCUGUCCUUUCCGCCUGGCUCGUCAGACCGACUUUCCCGGCUUGCGAAGCACGUCUUGACGCAGCACAGUUUUUAUCCACUCUAUCCGCCGUCCGAAAGCGUCAAUGUCGACAUCAGUUCGUUGGAGAGUAGCGGGUGCCUUGAAGUCACGCCACACUUGCUUGUGCUGCCCUCCGGGCUUCGCCAUUUCAUCAAGGAUGUCAACGGAUGCGUCUGCAUUAACCCGGAGCACAUGGUUAAGGGACUGGUGGGAGGAUCCUUUGCGCGCGUCAUCGUCAGGCCGGUCGACAAGGGCUCUUACUCCGGUAGCAUCGUCAACGACACAACUGCGGAAGUGGUCAAAAUCUGAACUCCCUCCUUUUGCCCGGACCACAACGAACAGAUGUCAAAGACACGAAUGAUGCCUUGACCCUCGUCACAUGGUCGUCGAAGUUUUGGGGCCGCAGCAACGAGGAGGCGGCAGUUGCAAAGUUGUUCAGUUCGCCCUGGGUCUUUUCACUGCGACCCCGUCUCCCAAUUGUUUCACGAGCAACAAAUUGAAUGUGUUACUCAAAUCGUUGUGGAAGGGGAAGAGGCAUUCGGUUGUGGUUUGCUCGUUCGCUUAUUUAUUAUUCGAAGUGCUCUUUCUUAUGCCGUUUUUAUGCAUCGAAGCAACUGCACGUUCCGUAACCAUGAAUUGCCAUCCGCAUGAAAGUGAUGACACCAGGGACGACAAUAUCCAACUGACAGAAGGACAUGAUAUACCAAAUUCUCAACAACUGUACUUUUUCUUUUUUUACCUGUUACUGAUGUAUGCGACGCUGGCAGUUGUAUGGUUAUUCAUGCAUAAAUUUCUGCUGCUGCGUACGACUUGUUCCCUUGGUUGACGUACAAACAUACGAGUCGCGAGCGUGGACUGUACACGUUUAAUUUAUUUAAUUGCAGCCGGUGGUAGUAAUACAUACAUACCAGGCAAGCACAAGUAAACAGAGAUGUCAGUCACAAAAAAUGGAUAUUAUGUGGAAACAGAAAGAAAGCCGUGUUCUAAAGUUGCUUCACUGUCGUAAACCCGCAGCAUGUUUCUCUCGAUUUAGGCGUUGGCUUUAUGUCGUGUACCUUUGUAGUUCUGCGAAUUUCUGCUCAUUUUGGGGUAGCUCGUUUUUGAGAAUAAGCUGGAACUCUUAACGCAAAUGCCCGAGCGCAGAGGAUUAACUUGUGCUUGCCUACAAGAACCUUGCAAACAUAACAUUCUUUGCACGCUUCAGCUUCUUUUAUUUUUAAUGACAAAUGACAUAUUUCUCACUAGUGACUAGUGACUUGGCUUUUUCUGCACAGCAGUUGCAUUGCCACAGGCGAUCCCAGUAGCAGAGACAGGCAUCUACUUUUGAAGUACGGUACUAUAAAUAACCCUGACUGACUUCUCUUCAGCAAGGCUAAACAUUUUUUGCUUUCUCCCCAUUUAUGUUCCGCAACGGGAGAAGGAGGCAAGACAGAUGCAAAAGCAACAUUUUGGGAGACUCGAUGGAGCUUUCUUGAAUUUGGGUCGCUCGGUCACAGAAAGGGAGGAGCCUGGAGUGAAAACUGCAGGUUGUCCUUUGAACCACAUUACAGCUAACAAACUAUGCAGGUACUUUCAUAAUUGCUUUAAAAGUAGUUCGGUAAUUCCGACUACUUCAAAAGUAGUGGGUGCCCACCUCUAGCCAGCAGAGAAACACUAUCCCAUGGCAUGCACAAGUUACGUUUAACUAAAAGAAGAGGGUAGCUACAAUGAGACAAGCUAUGGCAGAACUUUACAAACCCUUGUGUUUGGCAAAAGUUUUAUGUUUGAUGGGUAGUUUACUAGGCAGGCUAGCCCUUUGCACAUGGCAACUUUUUUACAAAUAUGGUGGCUUCUCAACAGUAUUACAUUACGAAGGAAGCCAUUCUUAACGACUCAAACCGACCCGAUUUUCACCCCAAGCGGAAAAAAUGCUGUUUUCACUACCACCGUCGCGCGAGGUUAUAAUUUUUGCGGCAGGUUCUCGGACAAGCGAACGUCGCUUUGCAGGGGGAGACGACCACAGUUUAAGGGGCACGGCAUGUCGUGUUGAACGUGCACAUCCGUGUCACGGUGCCGGGACGUGGGUGGCGCUCGCCAAUGCGUCUAUCACACCGGCACGUUGACUGCAAUUUGCAGGUCGGCGUCGCUCACGAGCUUCUUGAGUUUCUCGCGGCAGGGACUGACGUACGUGGACAGCCACUCCUCCACAGUGCCCUGGUGAUAUAUCUCCGAAAGCUCCUUGGUGAUGUCCCUGUACAGUGCUUCCACAUUCACCAGCAGCCUGCCAAUUGGAAGAAGAAACGUUGGGGUGAUUAUUCGGCGGAGACUUUGCGGGCAGUCUUGCAGUUGGCAACCCUGUUGCCCCAAGAUGACUGCACGCCAAAAAAAAAUGGCAAUUAAAUAUUUUUUUUAUUUUUUUA